AGCUCACCUCAUCAGCGCAACAGCACGCCCCACGGCAGCGCGGAACAGCAGCGCGGCGCGUAGUACACGGGGCGCCCCGUUCGGCCUCAUGCGACGCAUGGAAAGAAGACAGGUAUGGCCAGCGCUGUUGCUGCUUUCCGUUUCGUUUAGCUAUGCUUGGGCACCGAUGCCUAGGAGCCGAGUGCAGUUGCAAGCCUCACUGGAACAGGCAUCCAGCCAGGGGCGCUUGCCUCAACAACUGCUCACAGGAGUACUCUCACAGCCGGAGAUCUACCAAGAUUCGUUUCUGAUGGGCUUCAUCCGAGACCUCGGCGAUCGGUGGACCAGCUCAGCUUGGGAGCCCCAGGCCAGCAGCCGCGAAGCGCUCGUCGCCGCGGUGAGGAGCUUCAUCCAACGCGGCCAGCAGGAGAUGCAGUUGUUUAACAACUAUGUCGAGAAUGAGCUUGGGCGCAUCAUAGGCGAUCCCUACGUCUUUGACCUCCGCAUCAAAAUCUUGGACAACGGCGCUCGGAAGGCCUUGAAGCGUGCGGCGAGGCAAGCCAUGAUGGAUGAGAUGCUUGCCCAGAGCAAGGCCAAGCGCGCAGAGCGAGCAUCCGUCACCAACACCGCCUAGAGCGCACUGGUGGCGACGGAGGAGAUGUCAGGAGAAGCCGUUUGCUGAGCUCGCAGAUCGUUUCACCCUGCUCACCAUGGACGUCACCUGAGUUCCAAGCCUGCUGCCUUCCAGCCUGAAUAGA